AUGGGUUCCAACUUUGUCGCAUCUGACCUGCAUCCUUUUGAUCCGCUGACGGCCAGCGAGAUCGAAAAGGCUAUUAGCAUCGUCAAGAAGGCACAUGGCGAUGUUUUCUUCAAUGUCGUUGCCCUGCAGGAGCCGCGGAAAGCGGAAAUGACAGCAUGGCUACAAGAUCCGAGCAAUGCACCCAAGCCCAAGCGUGUCGCUGACGUGGUUGUUAUUGCGCCUGGUGGGAAAGUAUAUGAUGGUCUCAUCGACAUCGAGACCGACAAGAUCAUUAGCUGGGAACUACUCGAUGGUCUUCAGCCUAUCAUUACCAUGGAAGAGCUGAUUGCCGUCGAGCAUGUAUGCCGCAAAGACCCCAAGGUUAUCGAGCAGUGCAAGAUUAGCGGCAUCCCGGAGGAAGAAAUGCACAAGGUCUACUGCGACCCCUGGACCAUUGGAUAUGACGAGCGCCACGGCAGCAAGGUCCGCCUCCAGCAGGCACUCAUGUACUACCGGCCGAAUGUGGACGAUUGCCAGUACCAGUACCCUUUGGACUUUUGCCCAAUCUAUGACGCUGAUAAACAAUCCAUCGUUGCUAUCGAUAUCCCAGAGAUCAGGAGGCCACUUAGCAGAGCUCCUGCCAUCAACUAUCAUCCGGCAGCUGUGGAGAAGAAUGGGGGCUAUAGACAGGACCUCAAGCCGAUCAACAUCACACAACCCGAGGGCGUGUCUUUCAAGAUGACUGGACGUGAGAUUGAAUGGCAAAACUGGAAGUUCCACAUUGGAUUCAACUACAGAGAAGGCAUUGUCUUGAACAACAUCACAAUCAACGAGAGGGGUACAGUGCGGCCAGUCUUCUAUCGUCUUUCUCUUGCAGAGAUGGUUGUUCCUUACGGCAAUCCUGAGCGCCCGCAUCAACGCAAGCAUGCAUUUGAUCUGGGCGAAUAUGGCGCCGGGUACAUGACAAACAGCCUAUCUCUCGGCUGCGAUUGCAAGGGUUCCAUUCACUAUCUUGAUGCCGAGUUUCCCUCCAGAGCUGGUGGUAUUCGCACAAUCAAGAACGCCAUUUGCAUUCACGAGGAAGAUGCUGGCAUUCUGUUCAAACACAGCGAUUUCCGUGACGAUUCUACUAUUGUCACUCGAGCCAGAAAGCUCAUUGUCCAACAGGUAUUCACUGCGGCCAAUUAUGAGUACGCCAUUCAAUGGAUUUUCCACCAGGAUGGUACCAUUCAGCCCGAGAUCAAACUGACGGGUAUCCUCAACACCUACGCCAUGAACGCGGAUGAAGACACCCACGGCUGGGGUACGCAGGUGUACCCCGGUGUCAAUGCACACAAUCACCAACAUCUCUUCUGCCUUCGCGUUGAUCCCAACAUUGAUGGGCCAGAUAACACCGUCUUCAUGUCUGACGCGGUGCCGUCGGAUGCACCCGUGGGCAGCCCUGAGAAUUAUUACGGAAAUGCGUUUUAUGCAAAGCGCACAAAGUUGGCGACAACAGGCGAGGCCUCGACAGACUACAAUGGACGAACCGUUCGGACAUGGGAGAUGUGCAAUACCAACAAAUUACACCCAUAUAGCGGCAAGGCUGCAUCUUACAAGCUCAUAAGCCGCGAGGUCCCACCACUGCUACCUAAAGAGGGAUCCUUGGUUUGGAAGCGAGCUGGAUUCGCCAGGCAUGCAGUCUCUGUGACUAAAUACAAAGAUGACCAGCUCUGGCCAGCCGGCCGCCAUGUACCUCAGACAUCGGGAGAGCCAUCGCUGGGUCUUCCGGAAUGGAUUGGUGACGGUACAGAAUCCAUCGACAACACCGAUGUUGUUCUGUGGCACACUUUUGGAGUCGUCCACAUCCCUUCGCCCGAGGACUUCCCAGUCAUGCCAGUCGAACCCAUCACUCUUCUCCUCAAGCCAAGGAAUUUCUUCACGAAUAACCCCGUGAUGGAUGUUCCACCCAGCUAUUCUAGCACGCCGAGCCAGGUGGCAGCCGGGAACGCAGGCGUGCUAAAUGCAGCUGAUAAGCUCAGCAAAUUGGCAUUUACGAACGGCACUAAUGGUGCCAACGGUAGUUGCUGUGGAAGCAACUCAACGAAUGGAGUAAAUGGACACUAA